AUGCAAAAAAAAAUAAAACCUUCGCCAAGAGGAAAUUAUUUAAAUGAUUGUGAAUAUAUAGGAGAUCUUUUACCAGGUCCUGGAAAUUAUAAUCCAAGACCUAUUCUUCCUAAAAUAAAAAUUAAUAAUACAAAACCAGAAUAAUGGAGAUAAAAACAUAAAGAAUUAGAAUAAAAAAAAUAGAAAAAAUAUAAUACCCCUGAUAUGGGAACUUAUAAAUAUAAUUAUCCGUCUACUUAUGAUACUUUUGGGAAAAUUUAUUAAAAACUUUAAGAUUCUGGUGGAAAAUUAACAAAAAGUGCAGUAAAUUAUUUAGGAAAGACAGAAAGGUUUAAAGAUAUUAGUAAAAGCAAAUCCAAAUAAAUUACUAAUGCACCUGGACCUGGUCAUUAUCCAUUAAUUGCUUAAUGGCCUGGAAAAGAAUCAAAGAAGGAGUAAUUUAAUUAUUUAGAGAAAAUAUCAAAAGGAAUUGAGAAAUCUAUAUACUAUGAAAACUCAUGA